UGUGGAUGACGCCUCUAUAUCGAAUUUCGCACUGGUCCCCUGAAAAGCCAGGAACAGCCCUGUGAGGAGGGGGUGACGUGAGAGCCGAUAGGGACAAAACCGUGGAGGUGGAUCAUUGCAAUAGAUGAGAUGUUCAUCAUCAUAUAGCAUCGACAACAUAUAUCCGUUCAAUAGGUCCUUAAGACAGCUUCAACAAAGAGAUGUGGUAGGUAACAGGGUUGCUACAGAUACCGAAAAAGGGGGGAUAAGGAUUCCAAAACACUCGGAGGAAACAUGUAUAUGGGGCCAUGUCCAAUCAAGAAAUACGAACAAACGUGGCAUCACAAAGAAAUUUUCUCUAGUAAGCAAUGAAAAACUUCAACCCAAGAAUGGCGAUGUCUUGGACAAGAGGGUUAAAGCAUGGUGUUGUUCCGAGGCAUGCCGCUCAAUUGGUAGAGAGCAGAAGCCUUGCAAUUGCAAGCAAGGCGAAGAAGGGUGGAAAGGCUGAUGCUGGCAAAACUCCUGCUCUCAGCCAAGAGCUCAAGAGUACAACAGUGUUCGGGGCAAACAUCUUCAAGGAGGGUUCUGAUCCGAAAAUCCAACCAGACUCUGAGUAUCCUGACUGGCUGUGGCACUUGCUCGACAAGCGUCCUGUACUAAGUGAGCUGCGGAGGAAAGAUCCCAAGACACUCUCUUAUGAAGACCUGAAGCGUUUUGUCAAGUUGGACAACCGAUCCAGGAUCAAGAUAAGGAAUGACCUCAAUGCUAAGAACUGACCUGGAGUCUUGGACGAAACAGGACCUGCUCUACUGUUCUUUUUAUUAUUAAUAUAAUACUAGACGACAUGAAUAAUUUUUCUGGAGUUUUUGGCAAAACAUAGCGACUUGGGAUGUUAAAAUGUUAAGAUGUGCUUGGUUUGUUACUCUUUUAGGCAGCUUACGACACUGGCAUGCUUUUUGUUCUUCCAUCUUGGGAAAGAUGCAGCUUUGUGCCCAGUACUUAGCAAAUUAUCAAGUUCCAUGGUUCUGCAGCAUUAUCUGACGUCCCAGCAUACGAUUCAGUCACGGUUUAUGUAUCUUCCAGUUCAUCUGAAUCUUUCUGGGGUAUUGUAAGUUUGGAUUUUCAUUGCCUGUGUUAAUUGGGUUUUACUGCA